UAAACAUGGAAAAGUUGGGAGGGUCUUCUCUUGUCAGCUGCUGUGGCUAGUUGAGUCCCGAUGCACCUCGAACUUUCUGGACAUUGUUCCGUGGCCCUCCGACUAUAGCAAGUUGCUGAGAGUCGUAUAUAACACACGACCGUCGGAUUAAGGUCAGUUCGUUUUUGUGACAAAGGGUUUUCAAAAGUCUUCAUCCUUGAGCCAGAAGAUCUGAUGUGGUGAUUUGGUGCGUAACGGUUAUGAGCCCGGAACAGGAAGGAAACAGAUUUAAGUUAUAACCUAUUUCAGGAAAUAACAGAUUUAGGAUUUUAAAUAAGAACUUGGACAUAACUUGGCCAGUGUAGCCUGUACCGUUUAUCGUAACUUCUAGGCUUUUGGUGUGCGGGACAGUUGAACAUGGCUGACGGAGAUUUCUACACCAUGGGAAGUCGGCAGAGGGUACCGAGAGAUCCGUUCAGAGAGCCAUCUCUCGCGUCUCGGUUUAUGGAGGAUGACUUUGGACUGCCACCUUUCCCCGACGAGCUGUCUAUGGACUGGCCGGAGUGGACUCGUCCCACGCGCCUCAGCUCGCGCCUCAGCACGCCUUUUUCAGGCAGUUUACGGUCCGGCUUUCCCACGCGCUUAUCCACUGGCGCGUCUCCUGUGUACAGCACCAGAUACAGCGAGUCCCCCAGAAGUUCUCCAACGUUGACCCCGGGCGAGCCCUGGAAAGUUUGCGUUAACGUUCACAGCUUCAAACCAGAGGAACUUAACGUCAAAACUAAGGAAGGUUUUGUAGAGGUAUCAGGGAAACACGAGGAGAAGCAGGAUGAGGGAGGCAUAGUGACAAAGAACUUCACAAAGAAGAUACAGAUUCCUGGGGAGGUGGAUCCUCUGUCAGUGUUUGCCUCUCUCUCUCCUGAGGGAGUGCUCAUCAUCGAGGCCAGGCAGACGCCUCCCUACUACCUAUUCAGCAGCGACACCCCCCAGGGGGAGGGCCUGGAGGUGGAGCCCCCUGGGUCCCAGGAGCCCAGCCAGGCCUAGGCACCCAGCCCAGGAACGGAGCACCUUCCCUGGGGAGACGGAAAGCUCAGCCACCCACCUCAAGACACCCGACAGGGAAGGGUUUAAACGCGCGGCCCUUCUUCUAAUGACAUUUUCAAUGUGAUUCUGAGAAUAAAAUCAUCAUUCAAACUUCAAACCUACAAUCCUUCAUAAUGUAGCAGAUCUGGGUGGGUCUAAGGGAAGCUUAACUGCCUCAUGAUGAAAAACGAAAAUCCCAUAUCAAAUUUAUACCAAUGUUUGAUUGCGUUUCUCAUGCGUUACGUAAUGAUUAAAUGAAUUAACGAUAUGCCAUUAGACGUCCUAGCUAUGUGCAUAAGAACCUGCUUCUGGCUCAGUGUAGCUUGCCGAGGUCCACUCUGACUGAUGAGAAUGAGACGCCUGGGUUUCCUAUGUAUGUGUCUGUUCAUUCAUGAAGUGACACGAGAGCAUUGAAUGGAAAAACGCUGUUUGAUAUGAAAUGCAAAUGACAGUAGCUCGGUGACAACGAUAGGCAAGUCAUCUGCUAGCUACACCUGUCUUGAGUGGGAGGGCUGAAUGGGCCUUUUCUCCUAAAAUUAGCGUGUGAUCUCUCUGUGUGUGUGUGUGUGUCGAUACUGUAUUUAAACUACUGUAAAUACCCUCGACCGUCUGUACACGGCCACGCUGGCUUGUAAACAAGGAUACAUUGCUAGCCGGCGUUUUUGUUUUUCUACUUGUACAACGAUGGAUUUGUGUGUCGGUUGCAAAGGAAUUUCUUUUUAGGCAGGAACCCUUCGCACACCCUUAACCCCCCCCCCCCCCCUUCCAUUCCCAGAUGUUUUUGUCCAUUUCAUGCAAUAAAGCUCCUCAAGCUCUC